AUGGAAGAGUCCCAGAAGGAGCAGUUUGCAGGUCAGGAUGUGGUGUUCCAGUGCCUUGGAGAGAGUCUGCUGAACAAUGCCUUCAUGGGCUACAACGCCUGCAUCUUCGCUUACGGACAGACAGGUUCGGGGAAGUCGUACACCAUGAUGGGCUCAGCAGAGCAGCCCGGUCUGAUCCCUCGUCUCUGCAGCUCCCUGUUUAACAGAACCGUGCAGGAGGUCCGCGAGGGAGAGACCUUCACCGUGGAGGUCUCCUAUAUGGAGAUUUACAACGAGAAGGUCCGAGACCUGCUCGAUCCUAAAGGGAGUCGACGGGCUCUGAGAGUGAGGGAACACAAUGUUUUAGGCCCGUACGUUGACGGUCUGUCCCGCCUGGCCGUGACCAGCUACAAGGACAUCGAGUCUCUGAUGUCAGAGGGAAAUAAAUCUCGCACGGUGGCAGCCACGAACAUGAACGAGGAGAGCAGCAGAUCCCACGCCGUGUUCAACAUCAUCCUCACACACACGCUCAGGGACAUGAAGUCUGGGACAAGUGGCGAGAAGGUGAGCAAGCUGAGUCUGGUGGACCUCGCAGGAAGUGAGCGGGCAGCAAAGACUGGAGCGGCAGGGGAGCGGCUGAAAGAAGGCAGCAACAUCAACAAGUCUCUCAGCACUCUGGGUUUAGUUAUCUCGGCCUUAGCGGAUCAGGGAGCGGGACAGAACAAGAGCAAGUUUGUUCCCUACAGAGACUCUGUGCUCACCUGGCUGCUGAAGGACAGCCUUGGAGGGAACAGUAGGACCGCCAUGGUCGCCACCAUCAGCCCCGCGGCAGACAACUACGACGAGACGCUCUCCACUCUGCGUUACGCCGACAGGGCCAAGAACAUCGUCAACCACGCUGUGGUGAACGAAGACCCCAACGCUAGGAUCAUCCGCGAGCUCCGGGAGGAGGUGGAGAAACUGAAGGAGCAGCUUACAGAGGCGGAGUCCAUGAAAGCUCCAGAGCUGAAGGAGCGGCUGGAGGAGUCUGAGAAACUGAUCCAAGAGAUGACGGUCACCUGGGAGGAGAAACUCCGCAAGACAGAGGCUGUCGCACAAGAGCGUCAGAAGCAGCUGGAGAGUCUGGGGAUCUCCCUCCAGUCAUCUGGCAUCAGAGUGGUGGAUGAUAAAUGUUUCCUUGUCAACCUGAACGCUGACCCCGCCCUCAACGAGCUGCUCGUCUACUACCUCAAAGAGCACACCCGAGUGGGCUCGGCUGAUUCCCAGGACAUCCAGCUGUGUGGGAUGGCCAUCCACGCAGAGCACUGUGUCAUCGACAUCACUGAGAACAACGGCGUGGUGCUAACGCCUCACCGAGGGGCUCGGACGUGCGUAAACGGCGCUGAGGUCACCAGUCCAGUGCAGCUUCAUCACGGGAACAGGAUCCUGUGGGGGAACAACCACUACUUCAGGAUCAGCAUGCCCAGGCAGAAGCUCUACGCAGCAGCCGAGGAAGAGGACAGUGGAGCUUCCAUGAAGAACUGCUUGAGCACCGACCAGCUGGAGGUGGAUCUGGACACAUCCAGUGAUGUUUCCAGCGAGCUGAGCUUUGGCUACGAGUUUGCGCAGGCAGAGGUCAUGAUGAAGGGGAUGGGCACUGACGAUCCGUUGCAAUCGGUGCUGCAGGCUCUGGAGAGGCAGCACGAGGAGGAGAAGCGCUGUGCCCUUGAGCGCCAGAGGCUGAUGUAUGAGCAGGAGCUGCAGCAGCUCCGCCAGCGACUCACUCCUGAGAAGCCCACCCUCCUGUUAGACUUGUCGGGCCUCCCUGUCGGCGCUGCUGCUGCAGUAACAUCACCCUGCUCUCACAAACGCGUGCGGCGCCGGAGCGAAGACAGGGAGGCCAUGAUGACCCGCAGUCUGCGGCGCCUAAGAGAGCAGAUCGUUCGGGCCAAACUGUUGGCGCAGGAGGCCAGCUUCAUUGCCGAGGAGCUUAACAAGAGGACGGAGUACCUGGUCACUCUUCAGAUACCUGCAGCCAACCUGGAUGCUAACAGGAAGAGAGAUGUGGUUCUGAGUGAACCUGCCAUCCAGGUCCGCCGGAAAGGAAAAGGGAAGCAGAUCUGGGCCCUGGAGAAGCUUGAGAACCGCCUGGUGGACAUGAGGGACCUCUACCAGGAGUGGAAAGACUUGGACGAGGACAACCCUGUGAUGAGAUCCUACUUCAAACGGGCGGACCCUUUCUUCGACGAACAGGAGAACCACAGUCUGAUCGGCGUGGCCAACGUCUUCCUGGCUUGCUUGUUCUACGAUGUCAAACUUCAGUAUGCAGUGCCCAUCAUCAAUCAGAAAGGAGAGGUUGCAGGUCGUCUGCAUGUGGAGGUAUGGCGAGGCUCAGAGAGCUCAGAGUAUGAAGGCGUGGGACAUUGUGACACUCAGCUGAUGGACACAGAAGGAGAGUCUUCAGAGCGCAGACUGGACUGUGUGGGAGAGUCCAGCUACCCUGCAGCAGAAACUCAUUUCAGUCACCUGUAUCCAUGA